UUUCAGAAAUGGCAUUCACCGAACUAGUGGAAACCCAACGCAAGUACUUCCGUACAGGAGAGACAAAACCAGUCAAAUUCAGAAAACAACAACUUCUGAAACUUAAAAAGUUUAUCGAGGAGAACCGCGAGGCUUUGUCAGAAGCUGUUUGGAAGGAUUUGAGAAGACGCCAUGAAUCCACUGAAAUUCUAGAAAUCGGAAUGACCAUUCAAGAGAUUGACUAUUUCUUGAAGAACAUUGAUGACUGGGUGAAGCCAACCCACGUUGAGAAGACCUUCACAACUGCUCUCGAUAAGCCAGUAAUUGAGAAAGAUCCAAAAGGAGUUGUACUCAUCAUCUCCCCAUGGAACUAUCCGGUCUCUAUGAUCCUUCUCCCAAUGGUUCCAGCAAUUGCCGCCGGAAAUACAGUUGUGAUCAAACCAUCCGAACUGUCCGAAAAUGUUGCCGCAACUUUUGAGAAGCUCAUUCCAAAGUAUUUCGAGUCAAAAUACGUGACUGUCGUGAACGGAGGUAUCCCAGAGACUACCGAUUUGCUCAAAGAGCGAUUCGAUCAUAUUCUAUACACCGGAUGCCCACCAGUUGCCAAAAUUAUUAUGACAGCAGCUGCAAAGCAUUUGACACCAGUCACAUUGGAAUUGGGAGGCAAAUGCCCGGUCGUUGUUGAAGAUGAUGCUGACAUUGAUAUUUCUGCUAAAAGAAUCGCUUGGGGAAAAUGGCUGAACUGCGGACAAACUUGUCUGGCACCAGACUACAUUCUUGUGAAUAGCACUGUGAAGCCGAAGCUUGUUGCCGCAAUCCGCAAAUAUGUGAACGAAUUUUAUGGCGAGGAUGUGAAAGCAAGCAAGGAUUACGCGAGAAUGAUCAAUCAGAGACAUUUCGAUCGCAUCUCUGGGCUUCUCGAUAAAACUCAAGGAGCUGUUCUUAUCGGUGGAGAACGUGAUCGUGCAGAUCUCUACAUCCCUCCAACUGUCCUUGACGUUGAGAAAUCUGAUCCAUUCAUGCAUGAUGAGAUUUUUGGUCCAGUCCUGCCCAUCAUCACUGUCCAGUCUUUCUCGGAGUCGCUUGAGUACAUUGCUGAUGGAGAGAAGCCUCUGGCUGCUUACAUUUUCACAAGAAAUGAAGCUAAAGUUAAACGCCUUUUGAAUGAGACUAGCAGUGGUGGUGUGACUGUUAACGAUGUGUUGAUGCACAUUACUGUUGAUACUCUCCCGUUCGGAGGAGUAGGUGUCUCUGGAAUGGGACGUUACCGUGGAAAGUAUGGAUUUGACACAUUCACCCAUGAAAAGUCUGUGCUUCACAGAGGAUUCUUCGGAGAAUCUCUUUUAGCAGCUCGUUACCCGCCACUAAGCCAACAAAAGCUCGAUCAAAUGCGACGCCUCACGGGAAAACGAAUCUCUCUGAAUCUGAUGAAUGUUGCGACUCUUCCUAUCGUAAUGGCCUCAUUCGUUUUUGGAAUGCUCUUCCAGGUAUGCAGAGGAAAAUCAGCUCAAUAGAUUCUCACACAGUCAGCACCUGCUUCACUAGAUUAAUUCACAAAUCGCAGUACAAUUUUUCAGAAAUGUUCUAGAAAUGUACAGGAUGAUUAAUUACUGCGAAAAUACGUGAUAUUUAGCUUAUCAUAUUCACAUAUUUUUGUUGCUUUCCAAUUUGCCUCACUAACUUAUGUCCAAACAUCUAACAAUAAACUAUUCAAAUCAGUUAUUGUACGGAUAUUUCCCGUUUGUAACCUCCAAAGGCUCCUUAUGUUUCGAAGGUCCUUCACAUCCUUUGUUUUUAUGCUUCAGCUAACUAGUACCAAUUCGAUAACAAAUAAAUACAGAAAAAAUAAUACUAGUUUCAGUUCAUUUUCCGCUUCUCGGCAUAAAAUCGAGACAUGCUGGUGGAGGUGGCAAACGCGAAAUGGCGUACAGUAGGCUCGGUGUUUGCGGACUAGUCGUGCGGUCAAUGUUCACUCUUACGUACUUUCACACCACUAUUCUUCUUCCGUCUCGCCCUAUUUUUUAACUUCUUUUUUUUUUCACAAAUUCCUAGUCAAUUUUUUCACCGGAUCUUCUAAUCAUUCCAUAAACUCUAGUCCAUAACCAAUUCCCGCAUGAAAAGUGUCCCCAAAUAUUAAAAAUUCGUGUAGUUUCAAUUUAAAGCAAUAAUUUUAUUAAUUUUCAUUCCCGAUAUUUUCAGAAAUAUGCUCGCAAUCUUCAUUGAUCCGCCAAACGUUCAUUUUCAUUUUUUUUUUAAAUUUUCCUCCCCUCUCUUGAGUAUGUUUAUUUUUGUAAAUAUUUUAAUAAAUCAUUGUUUUGUGGAAUU